AACUGUGUUGAGUCUCCUUUUUUUACUUUCUUGCUUGGACUGUAGUUGACAUUGGCGAGCUCAAGCAGUCUAACGGUGGGCGACCUGAUCUGCACCUGAGUCAGCAGGGUGCAGCUGCUGCUUCUCCCACUGUGACUGUGUCUUCUGGGCGAUCUUCGGCACGCUCAGUGUGAGGCUGCUGCCCUGAUCUGGAGUUUGAUCAACUGCCCCUAAUUGACUUUGAAGAAUGAGUGAGCUUCUUCUUUUUGAUGACAUCUUUAAGGUUGAGGAUGUAGAUCCUGAUGGUAAAAGGUAUGACAAAGUUUCACGGAUUGUUGCACGGAGUGAGAAGUGUGACAUGUACAUGCUUCUAGAUGUAAAUACAGAGAUUUAUCCGAUGAGAAAAAAUGAAAGAUUCUUGAUGACUUUGUCUCCUUCACUUGUUUUGAAGACUAAGGAUGGCCCUGUGUCAAUUCAAGAUAAGUUUGAAUACAUCAUGCACGGAAGAUUAUAUAACAUUACGAAUGAGGGAUGUUCAAAAUCUCAACUUGAAGUGGAGAUAUAUGCUUCUUUUGGUGGGCUUCAGUUGAUGCUGAGGGGACAUGCUUCCCAUUGUGUUAAGUUUGUAAUCGAUCAGAAGUUGUUUUUGCUACUAAGGAAGCUUGAAAGUUGAAACUGC